AUGGAGGAGGGUUCAGUUAGCUACGGCACGCCCACAACCGGCGCAUCCCCUGGCGCCAACCCCAUCCUCGCGCAACCUCCUCUUCCCGAUGCUGGCGACCAGAGCGAAGAUAUUCAAAUGAGCGAGAGCCCCGCGAUCAAGCAGGACAGCACGACUCCUGCUCCCGGCGCGGAGAAUGCCGCCGAGCGCGCGCAGGCUGCCCGUGAGGACACCGAAAUGGGCGACGCGCCCAAGAAUGAGGCGGGCCAUGCCGAUGCUACCGGGCAGAAUGAGGGUAAUGGCGAGACGAAAACAAAAGAUUUCAUCGAGAAUGCUGCCAGAGAACACCUCAUCGCCCAGACGCAUGCCAUUAUCCUUCCUAGUUACAGCACUUGGUUCGACAUGAACACCAUCCACGACAUUGAGCGCAAAGCCCUGCCCGAGUUCUUCAAUAACCGAAACCGUAGCAAGACCCCCGCGGUAUACAAGGAUUACCGCGACUUCAUGAUCAAUGCCUACCGUCUUAACCCAACCGAGUACCUGACUGUUACUGCAUGCCGUCGCAACCUGGCCGGUGAUGUCUGCGCUAUCAUGCGUGUCCAUGCAUUCCUCGAGCAAUGGGGCCUCAUCAAUUACCAGGUCGAUGCUGAUCAACGGCCGUCGCAUGUUGGUCCUCCAUUCACGGGCCACUUCAAGAUUAUUGUUGAUACUCCACGCGGUCUCCAGCCAUGGCAGCCUGCCGCGGACCCUGUCAUCACCGAGGGCAAGCCCAACAAGGACACGGAAGCCAAGGCCAGUGCCACGCCGGCGCCCAAGACCGAGCUCAAUCUAGAGGUUGGCCGUAACAUCUACGAGGCUAAUGCCAAGCAUAACAAGAUCAACAAGUCGGACAAGCCCAACGGCGAAGCAUCGGCGGCAGCUACUAAUGGUGUGACUGGUGCCGACGAGCUCCCCAAGGCGCCCAUCAUGAAGGUCAACUGCUACAACUGCGGGACUGACUGUACGCGCAUCUAUUACCACAGCCCGCAGUCCGACCCCAACUCUAAGGUCAAGUACGACCUCUGCUCGACAUGCUACCUGGAGGGUCGUUUCCCCGGCAACCAGACCAGCGCUCACUACACGCGUAUGGAGAACCCGACAUACUCGUCAACUCUUGAUAGGGACGCGCCCUGGAGUGACGCCGAGAUCCUCCGUCUGCUCGAGGCUCUGGAGCGCUAUGACGAGGACUGGAACCAGAUAGCCGAGUACGUGGGAACACGGACACGCGAGGAGUGUGUGCUGCAGUUCCUCCAGCUGGACAUUGAGGACAAGUACCUCGAGUCCGAGCGACUGGACGCGCCAAUUGGCUUGCAGAUGCUGGGCAGCCACGGCGGCCAACUUCCCUUCAGCCAGAGCGACAACCCUGUCAUGUCGGUGGUGAGCUUCUUGGCCAGCCUGGCCGAUCCUGCUAGUACGGCUGCGGCCGCCAACAAGUCGGCCGAGAUCCUGAAGCAGAACCUGCGGAACAAGCUUGAGGGCGGAUCCAAGACCGCUGAGACUGCCAAUGGCAAGGGCAAGGAAAAGGAGGGGACUGUCAGCAGCGGCGACUCAAUGGACGUUGACAACAAGGAGACCGGCAGCGGCAACGGCAGCAGCGAGAAGCUGACUCCAUCGCAGCUGGCUAACAUCCCGCUCGCGGCUAUGGGUGCGCGGGCGAGCGCGUUGGCGUCACACGAGGAGCGUGAGAUGACUCGCCUGGUCUCUGCGGCGGUCAACGUGAUGCUCGAGAAGCUGGAGCUCAAGCUCAAGUACUUCAACGAGAUGGAGGCGAUGCUGCAAGCCGAGCGGCGUGAACUCGAACGCGCCCGCCAACAGCUCUUCCUCGACCGGCUGACUUUCAAGCGCCGCGUGCGCGAGGUGCAGGAGGUCCUCCGCCAGGCGGCCGCCACGGGUGGCGAACAGGGCUUCCGCAUGGCUCAGGAGGUGUUGGCUGGCGCGGCGGCUCCCGGUGCCGGCAAUGGCAUGACCUUCCAGCCCGCGCCGGCGGCCAGCGCAGUCCAGCCGCUGAGUGCGGAGGGGCCGGUUAAGAGCUAUGAGGCUUGA